AUGGCCCGUGCAAGCACGUGUGGCGGCGACAAGGCGGAGUUGAGAAAAGGGUCGUGGACGGCGGAGGAGGACGAGCUGCUCGUGAAAUGCAUCGCGGAACACGGCGACGGCAACUGGAGCGCCAUUCCCAGGAAAGCCGGGUUGCAGCGGUGCGGCAAGAGCUGUCGCCUGCGAUGGACCAACUACCUGCGGCCCGACUUGAAGCGAGGCGCGUUUUCGCGCGACGAGGAGGAUCUCGUGGUGCGCCUGCACCGUCAGAUGGGCAACCGUUGGGCGAAGAUCGCGCUCGAGAUGCCGGGGCGCACCGACAACGACAUUAAGAACCACUGGAACACUCGAUUAAAGCGGCGACUGAGGGACCUCGGCGUCGAUCCCGACUUGCACCUCCCACUGCCCUCCGCGCCGCCCCUGCUCGCCCCCUCUAGCCUCCUCGCCGCCGCUCUGGGGGAGGAUCCGCGAAAGGGAGUCCCCGCGGGGCCUGCUCCGCUGGCGGUAGCAUCGGCGCAAAGCGUUGAUGAACCUCUGUCAAAACGUCGUCGCGUGGAUGAGUCGACGCACGACGCGGGUUUCGCGUCGCCCACCGGUUCCUCCUCCCAGCUCCUCCCUCCCCUCCACGCCCCCGCCGCUCCCCGUCCCGCUCCCCGCGCACCUCCCGGUGCGCCUCCCUCCCCGUGCAACCUCCCCCCUUCCGCCAUCACUUCCCCUUUCGCACCAGCGGGAGAAGCUUCCCCCAGGACUCCCUCCGCCGACGACGAUAGUCCUUCCGCUUCUUCCGCUUCCCCCUGCGACAGCCCUUCCGCCCACUUCCCGGCGAGCCCGCCACUGCCUUCUGAGCCCCUUGCGCUUGCUCCCUUGGCGGUGCCCGCGCGCACAACGCCCAGGGUACUGGCGGAAGCGGAGGCAAAAUGGCGCAGUCCGCGCCCAGGCCGCGCAUGGCGGGAAGGGUCUGGCGUUGACGGGGAAGAUCAAGCUGGGAUGGGACAAGGGGGCGAGGUGGAGGUUGGUAGCAUCAACGCAGGCACCACAGUCUCCACAGGCGCCACGCGCAGUCAGCCCAGCAGGGGCGUGACUGAUAAUACGGCAAUGCCCCCUCCUGCGUGCUUAGAAGCUGGCCUGACUAGGUCACAGCCAAGCACUCAGGCUGCAUUGACACGGCUGACUGCGCUGCUUGGCAGUGCAGGGCGGGUGAGAGCAGGGUUCAGAAUGCCCCCUCGCCUCAUCAUCCCGUGCCUUCCUGGGGACACUGAAGCAGAUGCCACUGUCAGCGCUGUAGCUGGGAUGGACGUUCCUGCAGGUCUGGGUGUGGGUGGAGGGAGCAACCUGGCAGCAGGCGCGACGGCUGAUACCACCAUGGUGUCUGAGAAAUUGCCCAGCCCCCUCGCGCUCAUCAACAGGUUAGUUACCCGCAUGAUUUUACUGUGGCGCAAUUUCCAAUUUCCGCACGAAUCUCCAUCGUUUCCCUCCGCCGAUUCCCUGCAGGUGCGGCAGCUGGAGGAGGGUUUGCGCGGGUCAUGGCACCCGGCGGUGGUGGUGGGUGUGGAAGACGGCUGGCGCGUCGUGCAGUACCAGGAGCUUAUCACAGACGACCUCUCCGAGCCGCUCGUCGAAGCCAUUCCUCUCGCGUCCUACUUUACCUCGGGAACUCCGUGCCAGGCUCCACCCCCCGAUUCCCCGUGGAAAACUCUGAUCGAGUCCGCAAUGGCGAAAUUCGCGAAGCUGGUAACGGCGGACGGGGUGAACGGCCGCGCGGUGAAGCCGGUGCUGCGGCCGCGCCCGCCGCAGGAGCACGUGCCGUCGUACAGGCGGUGGCGCGCGGGCGCGCCGGUGGACAUGCUGUGCAACGACGCGUGGUGGGAGGGGUUCCUCCUCGCGGACGUCGUGCGCGUCGGCAAGCGCACGGAAGUACCCGUGGAGUUUCCCGACGAAGCGACGUCGGAGUCGGUUGCGAUCGGUUUGUUGCGGUUCGGUCAGGAUUGGGACGAGCGCACGGGCGAGUGGCACCCGCGGAAGGUGGAGGGGGCUGCGGCGAUGAUUGCGGGUAGCGGAAGCGCGGGUUGCGAGAACGGCGUAGCGAGACUUAGCUUGAAGCCGCGCGGGGAUGGUCGAGGGGAUGAGAACGGCGCGAUUAGCAGCGAGCUUGCGCACGAACAGACAGCCUCGAUAACACCGAGAACAGGGGCUAGUUUGGAUGGAGGCUCUGAAGCAGUUCCUGAUGCUGCUGCAGCCGACACUCCCAAGGUGGCCUCUGGUGGCCUGGAUACGACUACUAGGGCAGACAUGGGGCGUUAUAGCGGCGGAAAGAAGAUCAGGCGCAGGGACUCAGGUUUAGGGUUAGGGUUAGGGUUAGGGUUGGGUCACGGUGCGGGCGCAGGCACGGGGCUCGGCGUGCUGCAUUCACGGGGCGCAGGAUCGCAGCACGUACGGGAGGUGAACGAAGUGUCUGAUGUGAGCCAGGCGAGAGAAGGGAGAGGGUUGAGAGACGGCAGAUUGGCGGGAGAGGCGGGAGAGGCGAGUGGGGUGAAUCAGCACGAGGCUGGGUCGCCCUUGGACAGGGUUGCGCCGAGGGGAAAGCGCGUGACGGAGCAGAAGCGAGUGAGCAUGGGCGGAGGGGGAGGGCCAGGGGGGAAGCACGCGGCGGGUGAGGGCAGCGCGGGGAGGCGGAGAGAGGGCGCAGUGGUGAUCGGCAAGGGGACCAAGGCGCAGGGCAGCAGAGGCAGGGCGCGGCAGUUGCGGGUGAGAGAGGCCCCUGGGGCAGCGGACGAGGCAGCAGGGGAGGCAGCCGGAGGUGGGUUUGCCCCAGACUCCGCGGAGCACGCGGGCAGCGCGGACGUUCCCCCCGCGCGCAGGGCUCCCGCGCACAAGAAGCACUCUAUAGCGAAGGUCUACCCGCCUGGGAGGGACCUAGCGCGGCUGAUAGACCAAGGGCUGGUGAGAGACGGCGAGGCAGUCGAGUAUAGGGACAUGCGGGAGAGGCGCGCGCUCAAGAGCGGGCGGCUGUCGCGGCAGGGCGUGACGUGCGACUGCUGCGGACGCAUGUUUAACCUCUCUGGGUUUGAGGCGCACACAGGGGUGACGUACAGGCGCCCCGCGGCGAAUAUGUUUCUGGAGGACGGGCGGACGCUGGCCGUGUGCAAGAUGGAGGCGGAGAGGAGCGCGUAUGGGGGAGGCACAGGCGCAGGCGUGAGCGCUGCUGGGGGUGGGGAUGGAGGUGGGGUGGCUGCGGGGAAUGGCGCAGUGAGGGAGGCAGGCGGGAGGGGAACGUCAGGUGGUGGGCGGGAGGAGGGGAAGGGGGAGGGGGCAGCGGCGAGGAAGGUGGUGAGAGUGAAGGGGCUGGGGUCGAAGGUGAAAGGCGCAGGGGGUGAGGGGGGCGGGGAGGGCGCGGAAGGGGAGGGGGGAGCGGGGGAGCGGAAUGACUACAGUGAUGUGCUGUGUAGGCUGUGUGGGGAUGGUGGCGAGCUGCUGUGCUGCGAUGCAUGCCCUGCCACACUGCACCUGCCCUGCGCUGGCCUGCAGGCGUUGCCGGGGGGCAACUGGUUCUGUCCGGCAUGCCGCUGCUCCAUCUGCGGGGGCAGCCACUACGGCACGCAGGGCUUUGGCGACGACACCGUCAUCUUCUGCGACCAGUGCGAGCGCGAGUGUGAGUUGAAGGAGGGGUGUAGGGUUUACACACCACCUCCUGCCCUUGCACUCAUUGGCUCCCCUUGCCAGUUCCGCACUCCCUGUGCUGCAUUGCAUUAUCAUGUGAGCUGUCUCAGGGACAUGGGGUGGGCGGAUCUCAAGGAGCUGCCCACCGGCCGUUUCUUCUGCCGCCCACAGUGCCGCACCGUAUUCUUCGGCCUGCAACGCCUCAUAGGCAAGCCCAUCUCCCUCCCGGGCGGCUUCUCCUGGACGCUUCUGCACGCGGAGGGCCCGCGCAGCGAAGCAGGUUCAGUGACCAAGGAGGAGCGGCGGCACGACAACCUACUGAGGGAGCGAACAGGCGAGGUGGAGAGGAAGCUGCGGUGCGGCAUGGAGGUGAUGAGGGAGUGCUUCCACCCCAUCAAGGACGCCUUCACCGGCGAGGACCUCGUCCCCAUCAUCGUGCACAGCAAGAGCACGAAGCAUCGGGACUAUUCGGGGUUCUACACUGCAGUGCUGCAGCAGGGCAAGGAGUCCAUCACCGCCGCCAGCAUCAGGGUGUACGGCUGUGAGCUAGCAGAGAUGCCCCUCAUCGGAACCCGUUUCCGCUACCGCCGCCAGGGCAUGUGCCGGCGCCUGCUGCAGCAGAUAGAGCACCUGCUCGCCUCCCUGGGCGUUUGCAGGUUCCUCCUGCCAGCUGUCCCCGAGGCCGAUGCCACGUGGCGCCAGGGCUUUGGCUUUGCUGACAUGUCAGCGGAGGGGCGGCGGCAGCUGCUACAGCUGGACGUGCUGGUUUUCCCCGGGACGGCUGUUUUGGAAAAGGCGCUGCCGGUCCUGCCGCCCGCUGCCGCCCCUGCCGCCCUGCCGCCGCUUAUGGCUGGGCCGGCUGGGCAGUGGAAGCUGGGGACUGGAGGGAGAGGGGCGGGAGGGGCGGGUGGAGCAGCAGCAGGGGGGCCGGGGGGGGUGAGGGCGGCAGGGGCGGUGGUUGGGGGGAGACUGGGGGGCAGGAGGGGGAUGGGGAGGGGCGGGGGAAAGCUGAUGCUGCCUGGACGGAAGGGCGCAGGAAGGGGCCUGGGGCGGGGAGGGAAGUUUAGCCUAAGGGCUCUCCCGUCUCCCUCUGCCCGUCACUCUGCUCUCCCUCCCACCCCUCACACUCCCCCACUCCCCGCCAUUUCUCCCGGGAAGCACCAUAAGGGAGGGGGGAGAGUGCGCCUCCCCCUGAAAAUCCACCCUUUGCCGGAGGAUCUGAGGUGGCGGGGGGGAGAGGGGGAGAUUCGACUGGUGAAAUACAAGAACUGGCCGGCUAGUGUGCUGCGGCAGCGGCAUAAGCAGCGGCUGGCGCAUUUGGAGGGGUUGGGAAAGGUGGGAGCGGGUGCGGAGCUGUUGAGUGUGGUGGUGGGGUAUGUGGGGCUGCCGUGGCGCGUGCUGCAGUGGGGUGGGGAAGGGGCGGAGUGGGUGGGUGCAAGGGAGGACGAGGAGGGUCAAGAGGAAGGCACCGGUGCUGCAACUGCCACUGCUGCUGGCACCGCAGAGGCGGGUGGUGAUGCAGUUGAGUUGAAAGCAGAGGAGAUGACUGAGGGGGAGGCAGAGGGGAACGGGGAGAGGGAGGCCGAAGGAAGUGCAGAGAGAGAAGCAACAGAGAAUGCACAGAAAGGGGUAGAGUGUGAGGAUGAGGAGAAACCAGAGAGUAGGGCUGCAGACGGGGAUGUGAAGGGGAGGCAACUGCGGGGGAGGGGUGAAGGAACAUCGGGUGCGGUUAGGAGUGGUGCGAAGCGGUGGAGUGAGCAGCAGGGGCAGAGAAAGGCAGCACGGCAGUCCCCUAGGCUGGCAGAGUUGGGAGCGGAGAAGCAACUCAAGGCAGGCAAAGCAGUGAAAGCAACCAACAUGAGCAAAACGGUUCCUGCGGGCAAGGCUAGCAAGGCAAGCGGCAUGAGUCACAUGGUUGCUACCAAUACAAACAUCACGAGCAACACAAACAACACGAGCAAUGGAGGGAUUAUGAGUAAUAUGGGUGACGAAUGUGAGGCAGUGGUGCCGAGUAGGGAGUGGGGCAAGGAGGGGCGGCGAGGGCCCAUGCUGGUGGUGAUCGCUCUUGAGGCCCCUGAACGCGUGGAGGGGCCUCUGGAUGCUGCGUAUUGGGCUCAGGUGGAGGAGGAUGCGAGGCGGUGCAGAGCGGUGGAGGAGGGUGAGGGGGCGGGGGAUUUGGGGCGAGAGAAGGGAGAGGAGGGAGAGGGAGGAGAGGGGGAAGAGGGGGGAGAGGGGGGAGAAAGGGGAGAGGAGGAAGAGGAGGGGGCACCUGGUGGGACUGGUGGGAGAGGUGGGGAUGGGGAGGACGAAGGAGGGAUGGUGGAUGUGGAAGCAGGAGCACGGACAGGCAGAGCAGCAGCAGAAGCAGGUGAGGCAGGUGAGGGGGCGGAGGGUGGGGAGGCAGCAGAGCCAGUGCGCACACCUUCAGCAGCAGCAGCAGCCGCAGGGGGGCGAGGUGAAGCAGGGAGGCGGGCGGCAGGGGCAGCAGGGGCAGCAGGGGCAGCAGGGGCAGGAGGAGCAGGAGUGCGUGUGGGAGGGGAGCGGGUGUGGGUGAGCGCGGAAGCUCUGCAGCGGGUGGUGCGCACGUUUGGCAUCGAGGAGAUGUGGCGCGCCGUGCCUGUGGAGGUGAUUGUGGGGGCAGUGGAGGAGGACGGGGCGGGUGAGAUGGGAGGGGCAGAUGCGGUGGAUGAGAUGGGUAUGAUGGGUGCAAUGGAUGGGGGGGAUGGGUUGGAUGCAAUGGGUGAGGCAGAGCAGUUGUUGCUAGAGGGGAUGCAUGGGGAAGGGAUGGAGCUGAGUACGGUUCAGAGUGGUGAUGGUGCUAUGUGGAGGUCUGUGCCUGACACACCGCCGCCAGAGCUUUCCCUGCCGCCCAUCGGGCAGCGUCCUUUGGCUUUCCAGUUGCCGCCCAGUGCUUUUGAACCUUCACCCAAUGCUACGCCGUGCACACUGCAAGCCUCUCAUGACACCUGCCUCCAGAUGACACCUGCCUCCCAGAUGACACCUGCCUCCCAGAUGACACCUGCCUCCCAGAUGACACCUGCCUCCCAGAUGACACCUGCCUCCCAGAUGACACCUGCCUCCCAGAUGACACCUGCCUCCCAGAUGACACCUGCCUCCCAGAUGACACCUGCCUCCCAGAUGACACCUGCCUUCCAGACGACACCUGCCUCUCAGAUGUCACCUGCCUCUCAGAUGACACCUGCCUCACACACGCCUCUUGGAAUCACGGAGCCAACUCCCACUGUUUUCGAGGCGAUUCCUGCAGCCUCCCUGCCGGGAGAUGCUGCCUCUGUGUUGCUGCUUGAGGCAGGGUCAGCAGUGAAAGGAGAGGAGCGCGUAGCAGAUGGUGAUUCCAUUGGGGCCGGCAGAGAGGAGGGUGCGCGGGAGAGAGUGGGCGAAGGGGUGGUAGGGGAAGCAGAGGGCGCCAUGGGUGCAUUGCAGCUCGCACCAGCCAGUGGGGCUCGAGAUUCCUCUCCCAUUCCUCGUUCGCUCUCUGCUGCUCAUGCACCAGAGGGCGUGGCAGCAGAGGGCGUGGCACCAGAGGGCGUGGCAGCAGAGGGUGUGGCAGCAGAGGGCGUGGCACCAGAGGGCGUGGCAGCAGAGGGUGUGGCAGCAGAGGGCGUGGCAGCAGAGGGCGUGGCAGCAGAGGGCGUGGCAGCAGAGGGUGUGGCAGCAGAGGGUGUGGCAGCAGAGGGCGUGGCAGCAGAGGGCGUGGCAGCAGAGGGUGUGGCACCAGAGGGCGUGGCAGCAGAGGGUGUGGCACCUGAGGAUGUGGCACCUGAGGAUGUGGCACCUGAGGAUGUGGCACCUGAGGAUGUGGCACCUGAGGAUGUGGCACCUGAGGAUGUGGCACCUGAGGAUGUGGCACCUGAGGAUGUGGCACCUGCGGAUGUGGCACCUGCGGAUGUGGCACCUGCGGAUGUGGCACCUGCGGAUGUGGCACCUGCGGAUGUGGCACCUGGGAGUGUGGCACCUGAAGGUGUGGCUCUUGAGAGUGUGGCACCAGAGAGUAUGGCACCUGAGCCAGCAGGAGCACUAACACCAGCUGGCCGUUGUGACAACUCAUGCCACAACUCUCACCACAAGUCGCACGACCCCUCGCCUUUGCCACUGCAACACCCCGUGCUUCUGCCCAGCCCUGCUGCUGUCUCCCCGGCCCUCCCCUCCCCACCGCACCCUGCUCUCUCACAUCCAGCCCCAGCCAGCCCAGUCCUUACCAUGCUUCCUGCGCCCCUGUCCCCCUCCCAUUUACCUCCGCCUCCCCACUCCCCUUUACAGCUCCCCCAUCCCUUAUCACUUCUGCCCACUGACCAAUCCCCCUUCCCACAAUCCCCCCUCGCGCUCCCCCCUCCUUCCCCCACAGUGACCCCCCUCCCCCCGCCUCUCCCCCUCAGCUUCCCCUGGCUGCUUCUCCCUGGCACCUCCAUCCCCCCCAACCUUACUUGGCGCCAGUCCUCCCACGCAGUGCCCCUCAUAUGGGCGGCGAGCAGUGGCGGGAAGGGGGAGGGUGAGGGAGCGGGAGUAGGGGGAAAGAGGAGGAGGUGCUUGGCUGGAUUGACAGACACAGGGGGAGAAGGGGGGGUGGCGGAGGGGAGGGGGAAGAGGAAGAGGCGGGACAGGGAGAGAGGGAACGGGUGGAGGGAGAGCAGGGCGGAUGGGGGCAUGAAUGGUAUGGCACUUGCUGGUGCUGCUGCUGCUGGUACUGCUGGUGGUAAUGCUGCUGUUGCUGGUAACGAUGCCAGUGGUGGUGGUGGUGCUGGUGGUGGUGGUGGUGGGGGUGGCGGGGGCGAGGGGGGGGUGGGGGGGAUGAGCAUGCGGUUGCGGCGAGCGGUGAAGUCACCCUCUUGGCUGCUGCAGGGCGUGAGGGGUGCGGGGGACGACGGAGCAGGUGAGGGGGAGGAGGCGGACGAGGGGGACGAAGGAGGUGCAAGAGGGGUGGGAGGGGCGGGGGAGGAGAGGAGGCGGAGGGGCGGGGGUGCGCAGGUGGGGGGCGAGGGGUGGGUGUAUGGGGUGGAGGAGGAGUGGGUUCCCACCAGUGCUGUGUGCCGCAGGCGGCGAUCUGAGUCCACUCGGCGGGCUCGCGCUGUGGGAGAGAGACUCUCUGGAGAGAGGGUGGAUGGGGUGAGGGUGGAUGCUGCACAGCAGCAGCAGCAGCAGCAGCAGCAGCAGGAGGAGCAGGCGCACAGGGCGACUGGCAUGCUGUCUUGGCCUCUCACUGACGGUACUGCUUGCACUGCUGGUGCUGCUGGUGCUGCUGGUGCUACCGCUGGUGCUACCGCUGGUGCGGUGUGGCAUCAUGGUGGUGUUGGCAGCGCUACUCGCACACCAACCGGAGUGCGGAAGAAGCGGCGAGGCAGCAGCUCCUCUGUUGUCGUCGCUGCCUCUGCUUCUGCUUCUGCUGCAGCGCCCCCUGCACUUUGUAUCGCUGCUGAUGGCGCCACAGGCAAUGGGAUUGCCAGAGCAGCAGCAGCGCCAGCAGCAGCGUCAGCAGCAGUGGUUGUGUCACCCCUGCCCCAUGCUCACUCUCCCCGCACCAGCCACCGCACGUGCCGGCAGGGGUGGCGGGCAGCAGGGGGGGCAGCUCGGCUGAUAGCUUAUCGCGGCCGGGAGGUGACUGCUGGGGAGGGUGGGUCUGAGGAGGGGCGUUUCAAUGGUGCGGGGGAUGCGGGGUUGUUGGCACAGGCAGGUGGAGGAGAGGAGGGGUUGGCAGAGAGAGGGAGAGCGGUGGGGGUAGAGACACCUGGUGUGUUGGCUGUUGGCGGUCCGCUGCAGUCAUAUGUUGGUGGGGUACAGGCAGGGAUGAUUGCGGACGCUGCAGUGUCAGGGGUUGUAGCAACGGCAGGUGUAGGGGCAGAGGGAGGAGCAGCAGGGAGAGUGGUGCGUGGUGGUAGGGACGUGCAUGUGCCCCUGUUGCAGCCAGAUGCUGCUGGAGCAGCAGAGAUGGCAGAAACAGGGGCAGCAGGAGCGGUGGGAGAAGGAGAAGCAGCAGCAGCAACUGCAGCGCCUGCAGCAGUGCUAACGCCUGGUGCAGCAGCAGCGGUGCUUCCAGUGGUCGCAACAGCAGAGGGGGGUGUGCAUACCAUGCCUUUAGGGGGGCGGACCAAAGUGCCUAUAUGGGGGACGCAGUACAAGCGGCGCAGGGUGGAGCGGCGGAGGGGAGAGAGGGGGUGCAGUGAGAGUGGGGGGGAGGGCAGCAUGGACACAGGGCCAGUGGAUGAUGACAUGGGGCGCAGGGGAGAGGUGCAUGGUGACUUUGGCAUGACAGGCGUGGGGCACAUGGGAGACAUGGGGGAUGUGGGGGCAGUGGGGGGUGUGGGAGGGAAUGGAGCAGGUUGCGAGGGUGUUGAGAGCGGUGCAGAUGGCGCGCAUUCCAGUGGCGCUGGAGGGAGUGGCGAGAUGGAGAGCAGCAGUGGCGUGGAUUUGAUUCUCUCUGCCUCGCACAGCUGGAGCAGCAGCCAUGGCGUGUCAGCGGGAGCGGCCGCAUCAGGCAGUGUAGGGGGGACGGAUAAGGGCAGCUGCAGGCAUGCCAUGCUCACGCGUGGGUCACACGGGCAUGUGGCACAGACACAUGGGUCGGAGGGCCGUGCGUCUCACAUGCAUGUGUGCCACACAGAGGCUGUGUCGCGAGAGCGGUCGCUGCUGGCAUGUGUGAAGGACGAACUCAUGGUUGAGGCUGCCUCGCUGGCAGCUGGGGAGAGGCUUGUUGGGGGGCAAGCUGCUUCGACACAAGCACCAUCGGAAGUACCAGCAGCAGCAGCAGCACCAUUAGCAGAACUACGAGUUCCCACAGCAGCGGUUUCUGCAUUGGAAGAGAACGCGUGUCAUGAGGUAUCAGCGCUUGAUGUCUCAGCUGUUAGCCAGCAGCAGGUGCAGUGGGCGGGGAAGGAGGAGCCGCAGGAGCUGGAGGAGCCAGAGCAGCGGGCGGAGCAACGACAGGAGCGCAAGGAGCAAGAGGAGGAGCAGGACCGGCAGCAUCAACAGCAGGAGGAGCAGCAGCAGCAGCAGCAGCAGGCAGCCCGGUUGUCAGCGCGAGGAGCAGCCCACCGGUCGACAUUCAAGCUGGAGAGGCUGAGCCUGCUCUCCCUCUCUCCUCUUGUGGGCCGCUCUGGGUCUGCAGGCAAUGAUGGGCCGCUGGGGCUGGCUGAGGUGGGGGGGAGGAGACGCAGCAGCAGACUGCUGGAAGGGCAGGGGGCAGGGGAGGAGGGCGAGAAGGGGAAGGCGGGAGGGGGGGUGGGCGAGAAGGGGAAGGCGGGAGGGGAGAGGGCAGAGGAAGGGGUGGUGGGAGGGAGGAAUGUGGAGAGUGGUGGUGAGGGGAAGCAAAGGCGGCGAGUGGGGGUGGUGGCGGCUGCUGGUGUGGCAAGAGGGGUUGGUGCUGGUGCUGCUGGUACGGGGGAGGUGAGAGGGAAGGGGCAGAGCAGCAGCAGGGGGGCAAGCGGAGCAGAGAAGCGAGUGCUGUUCCUGAAUGGGGUGGGGGCGGGGGAGAGGAGGGGGUGUGUGAGUGCGCAAGGCCUUGACGCGUCAGAAGAUGGAGAUGUUGUGGAGGUGCAGGGGGAGGAGCGGGGGAGGGAAGGCGGGGAAGAGGAGAGCAGCAGGGGAUUCGACUCAGCAGCAGCUACACCGCUCCCCCGCGCCACACUGCUGUGGUCCCCCGGCCCUCUGCUGCUCCCCCCCUCUGGCGCCCCACCCUCCCCGUGGCGCUUGGAUGGAGUGGGUGAGAGAGAGGCGGAGAGGGAGGUGGAGAGGGGGAACGAAGGGAGAGAUCUGCAGGUGGUGAGGGCGGAAGUGAAGGAGGAGGAGGUGAUGGGGAAGGUGGAGGGGGAAGGGGAGGAGAGAGCGAUGGGCAAGGGACAUGAUGGCCAGUUGGACACAGUGCGAGUAGGGCCCAGUCUUGCAGAUGCAAGCAUUCAAGAGGUUGCAGCAGAGAAGGGAGAGGCAGCAGAGCAGAAAGGAGCAGCAGCAGGAGCAGGCACAGGGAUUCACACGGAGGAGGUGAAGCUGGAACUUGCAUUGCCUGCAGAAGCCUCUCACACGCCUAUCAUCCCUACCCUCAUGCAAGCUGCUCCCUCUGCUUCCUCGGAUGUUGCCGCCUCUGCUCCAGGGAAUUUUCCCGGCAAUCCCAAGGGAGGCAACCUGGUUACCACCUCCAAGCAUCAGCACGUUACCAUCGCCUUCCACCACAGGCACCUCGCCCUUGUGUUCCCCAUUGGCCCCGUCACCCACGACACUGAUGUAUCAGAGGAGGCGACUGGCCGCUCCCCGUGA